AUGCUGCAGCAGCUCGACCCCACGCAGCAGCAGCUGCGCGACCAGCAGCAGCAGCAGCAGCAGCAGCAGCAGCAGCAGCAGCAGCACGCUGCGGCGCAGCAGCAGCAGCAGCACGGGCUCCCCGCCCACCCCCCGGAGCCCCGCAGGCCCCCCAUCACCCGCCGCAGCAGCAAAAGGGGGCCCCUCAAGUUGCUGCUGCUGCAGGCCGUUGGCUCUGCUGUUGCGCUGCUGCUGGCAGUCCACUACUGCAGGCUGAGGGGCCCCCGGGGCCCCCGGGGGCCCCCAGGGUCACCUGGCAGCAGCAGCAGCAGCAGCUGGGUGCGGCGGCUCUCGAGUGGCAGCUACGAAGAGCCCAGCAGCUCGGGGCUUUGCGAGCUGCUGGACGAGAUCGACCCAGCAGCAGCGCCUGCUGCUGCAGCAGCAGCAGCAGGCGAGGAGGGAGCAGCAGCAGCAGCAGCAGCAGCGGCGGGAUGGGGGCCGCACGACUUCGGUGCGCAGCAGCAGCAGCAGCAGCAGCAGCAGAACGCACAGCGCACUGCUCAGCAGCAGCUUGACGCACCAGGGCCCUCGGGCUUCCAGACCCCGCACUCCGCUACUGCAGCAGCAGCAGCAGCAACUGCUGCUGCUGCUGCUGCUGCUGAGCCCAGCGACAGCACGCAGCAGGAGCCCUGGGACGAAGACCCGCUGCAGAAUUUAGAAGAGCUAAUUGAUGCUGCUGUUGCUGCAGUGGGGAUAGGGCCUUUUGCUGCUGCUGCUGCUGCUGCUGCUUCCACGGGGCCUGACGGGGAGGAGUACGGGGCAGCAGCAGCAGCAGCAGCAGCAGCAGCAGCAGCAGCAGCAAACAACGGGUCCCUGUCCGCCUAUGAAGAAGCAAUACUUGCAGUUCUGCUUCAGCAAGCAGCAGAGGAAGCUCAAAGGGGAGAGUGGGACCCCCAGUCUUUGGUGAGCAGCAGCAGCAGCAGCAGCAACAUCAGCAGCAGCAACAUGGGCAGCAGCAGCAACAUCAGCAGCAGCAACAUGGGCAGCAACAUGGGCAGCAGCGGCAACGUCAGCAGCAACACCAUGGGCAGCAGCGGCAACAGCAGCAGCAACGUGAGCAGCAGCGGCUUCGGCAGCAGCAGCACGGGCAGCAGCAGCAACAUCAGCAGCUACAUGAGCAGCAUGGGCAACGUGAGCAGCAGCCACAUGAGCAGCACGGGCAACGUCGGCAGCAGCAGCAUGGGCAGCAGCAGCAGCAGCAUGGGCAGCAGCAGCAGCAUGGCCAGCAUCAGCAGCACGAGCAGCAGCAGCGCGCUGCCUGCUGCUGCGCACGGCUGGGCUCCGGAGAGCGCGUCGCUGGACUCCCAGUUUGCUGCUGCUCCUGCUGCUUCCGAAGCAGCAGCAGCAGCAGUGCUGCAGGAAGCAGCAGGAAGAGUUGCGCUGCCGGUGCUGCAGGCAGAUUUUGUGGAUAACUUUUUUGCUUCUGUCACAGGGCCUAGGCCUUGGGGAAACAAUGUGGGAGCAGCAGCAGGCGGAGCAGCAGCAGCAGCAGCAGCAGCAGCAGCAGCAGCAGCAGCACCACCCGCGUACGCGCAACAGCCAGUGCAGCAGUCGGCCAUGCGCCCGAGCCUGCAGCAGCAGCACCAGCAGCCCCUGCUGCAGCAGCAGCCCCUGCUGCAGCAGCAGCCCCCGCUGCAGCAGCAGCCCCCAAUGCAGCAGCAGCACCUGCUGCAACAGCAGCCCCCAAUGCAGCAGCAGCCCCUGCUGCAGCAGCAGCCCCUGCCGCGCCAUGGGCCGCUCCCGGAGCAGCGACUGCAGCACCCGCAGCAGCAGCUGCAGCAGCAGCAGCAGCCGAGUCAGCCACUGCGGGGGCUCCGAGAGCUGCUGCCGCAACAAAUGCCGCUGCCACAGGUGCGGCAGCACCAACCGCAGCAGCAGCAGCAGCAGCAGCACCCGGUGCUGCCGCAGCAGCAAACAUUGCCUCAGAGGCAGCACCAGCUGCCGUUUGUGCAGGUGCAGCAGCAGCAGCAGCAGCUGCAGCAGCACUCGCCGCAGCCGCCGCAGUCCUUCCAGCGGCCAUCGCCGCGGCCAUCGCCGCGGCCUCAAACGCCAAUGCAGCAGCAGCAGCAGCAGCAGCAGCAGCAGCAGCAAGAGCUGCCGCCUUCGCAGCACAUGCAGCAGAUACAGCAGCUUCAGCAGCAGCUGGGGCAGCUGCAGCAGCAGCUGCAGCAGCAAAUUCAACAAGGCAACAUUGGUACUGUCUCAUCUCCCCAGCUGCAAGUGUUGUCGCAGCUCUUGGGAAGUUUGGGAGAUUGCAUUCAGCAGCAGCAGCAGACUCAGCUGCUGCAUUCGCAGCAGGCGCAGCCAGAGCAGCAGCAGCACAUGCUGAUGCAGCAGCUGCAGCAGCACCAGCUGCAGCAGCAGCAGCUGCUGCAGCUGCGGCAGCAGCAUCUGCAGCAGCAGCAGCAGCCCCCCGAGCAGCAGCAGCGGCAGCUGCUGCUGCAGCAAAACACGCAGCCACACCAGCCGUUUCAGGCGGCGGCUCAGGGGGCAAGGGGCACGCUGCCCCUUUUGCCGCCGCCGCCGCAGCAGCAGCAGCAGCAGCAGCAGCAGCAGGAACUGCAUGUGCACCUGGAGCUGCAGUCGCCGCCACAGAAGCAGCAGCCCCAGCAGUCGCUGCAGGGGCCCGAGGCGCAGCAGCAGCAACAGUUGCAGCAGCAGCAACAGUUGCAGCAGCAGCAACAGUUGCAGCAGCAGCCUCCGCCGCCGCAGCAGCACGCGCAGCAGAUGCUGCAGUUCCAGCAGCAGCAGCAGCAGCCGCGGAUGCCGCCGCCGCAGCAGCAGCAGCAGCAGCAGGUGCUGCUGAUGCCGCCGCUGGUGCAGCAGCAGCCAGCGCCGCCCCACACUUUGCUGCAGCGGCCGCCGCAGCAGCGGUCGAAGCUUAAGAUAGAUUUGCGGCUUCCCACGGGCCCGGACUUGCGGCACGAGCUGCACGAGCAGCUGCAGCAGCAGCUGCAGCAGCGGCUGCACCCCGCUGUGCUGCAGCAGCUGGAGGAUCAGGUCUUCAAGCAGCGAGCCCCGGCCGAAGGCAUUCUCCCCCUGGAGCUGCAGCGAGCCGGAGCAGCAGAAGUCAGCACUGGAGUCGCCACAAAACUGAGUCCAGUUCGUUAUUUGCUGCUGAAGGACUGGCUGACAGCAAGAGAGCAGCAGUACUUAGUGCGUCUCGGUGAAACUCUGCUGCGCUACGCCCAGCGCUUUCUUGCUGCUGAACUCCAAGUCCGCUUCCAGGGCUACGCGCUGCUGCCUCUGGCCAGAAGGUUUCUUAUUGCGGAUUAUCUUUGGAGUAUUUGCCAAGUUGUGGGGCCGCCGAUGCAGCAGCAGCUGUGGUGGGGGCCGCUGCUGCAGCAGAUGGCAGCAGCGCCGCUGCUGCUGCUGCGCGCGGAGGCGCGCCGCCCCGGCACGCUCAAGCCAGUCAUUCUGAAGCUGCUUGCUGCGCUGCAAGUCUACAAAAGCGGCAGCAGACCUUCUCCGAAAGAAGUUGUGGAACUUAAAAGACUUCUCUUCAGAAAACCCUGCCUCAACAUGUACUUCCGCAGGGCCACUUGGGACCCCUGGCGCCGCGACGACGAGCUCUUCACGCAGCAGCAAAAACUCAAGCAGCAGCACAAACUCCAGCAGCAGCAGCAGCAGCAGAAACUACCCAGCCCCUAG